AAGUACUGUUUGGACUUCGUGCAGUGUUUAAAACUGGAACUCACUUGACAGGAUAACAAAAUGGCAAACAGAGACAAAGCAACAAACCAACUUCUCAAUUUCAAAGAAUCACAGACGAAACCUGAUGUCUUGACAACUGGAACAGGUGUCCCUGUUGGCACCAAAACAGCCACAAUGACAGUUGGACCAAGAGGUCCAGUCCUUUUACAAGACUUUGUCUUCACAGAUGAAAUGGCCCAUUUCAACAGAGAAAGAAUACCAGAAAGAGUGGUACAUGCCAAAGGAGCUGGAGCAUUUGGAUACUUUGAGUGCACACAUGAUAUUUCGAAGUACUGUAAGGCAAAGCCAUUUGAAUUUGUUGGUAAAAAGACACCUUUAGGAGUUAGAUUCUCAACAGUUGGUGGAGAAAGUGGUUCUGCUGACUCUGCCAGGGACCCCAGAGGAUUUGCUGUAAAGAUGUAUACUGAAGAUGGUAACUGGGAUCUGGUGGGGAACAAUACUCCAAUCUUCUUCAUUAGAGAUCCUAUGCUGUUUCCAAGCUUCAUACAUACACAGAAGAGAAACCCAGAAACUCACCUAAAGGAUCCAGACAUGUUCUGGGAUUUCAUUACACUUCGACCAGAGACAACCCACCAGGUGUCCUUCCUGUUCUCUGACCGUGGAACCCCUGAUGGCUUCAGACGUAUGAAUGGUUAUGGAAGUCACACAUUUAAGACAGUUAAUAAGGAUGGACAGGCAUACUACUGUAAAUUCCACUUCAAGACUGAUCAAGGCAUCAAAUGUCUGAGUGCUGAGCAAGCAGACAAGCUGUCUUCAACUGAUCCUGAUUAUGCCAUCCGUGAUUUAUACAAUGCCAUCUCGGAAGGGAAUUUCCCUUCAUGGUCACUGAACGUCCAGAUAAUGACAUUUGAAGAGGCAGAAAAUUUCAGAUAUAAUCCUUUUGAUCUUACCAAGAUUUGGCCUCAAGGAGAAUUUCCAUUGAUCCCAGUUGGUAGAAUGGUUUUGAACAGGAAUCCAAAGAAUUACUUUGCUGAAGUAGAACAGAUAGCCUUCUCUCCAGUUCAUAUGAUUCCAGGAAUAGAAGCCAGUCCAGAUAAAAUGUUACAGGGAAGGUUGUUCUCCUACUCUGACACACACAGACACAGACUUGGUAGUAAUUACCUCCAGAUACCAGUCAAUUGUCCAUUUAAUGCAAGAGUCAAAAACUACCAGAGAGAUGGUCCACAGUGUGUUGAUGAAAACCAAGCUGGAGCACCAAACUACUUCCCCAACAGUUUUACUGGACCACAGGACAAUCGUCAGUACUUAGAGUCUAACUUCAGCAUUAGUGGUGAUGUCAAGCGUUACAAUACAGCUGAUGAUGACAACUAUUCACAAGUUGGUGUAUUCUGGAGAAAGGUACUGAAUCCAGCAGAAAGACAAAGAUUGGCAGAAAAUAUUGCUGGCCAUGUUUGUAAUGCAUCAGAAUUUCUACAGAAACGAGUAAUCAAUAACUUUGGACAGGCUGAUCCAGAAUACGGACAAAUGAUUAAACAAUUAUUGGAUAAAAUAAAUGCUAAAAAGAGGGCAACACAGGCUGGAGUUCCUGCCAAUUUAUAGAUUUUAUAAAAGACUGGUGAAAAAGCAUUAAUGAACUAUGUUGUGAUGGAUCAAUACAAUCGUAAUUGUAGAUAUUAAAUUAUCAUGCUGGGAAAAAUCCUGUAAGCUAUUUUUUCUAGGGAUACUUAAAUUAUGCCUUUUAAAGUUCUAAGAUAUUACUUGUUCUUGUGCAAAAAGAAAAUCAAAAUUGACAAAAUUGACAAACUGAAAAUAGAUUUAUACUGUAUUUAUAAGAAAUAUAGAUAUCAGCUGACUGGUAUGUCGAUCAAUGUAAUUAUUUGUUGAUCAAUACAAUUGUUUCAUUUAUAAAGCUGCUUUGAAUCAGUAUUAAUUGUAUGAAAAGGAUUGGCAGAUUUUGUAAAAAAUAUUGUAUGUAUUAAUGAAAGUUGUUUUUGAAAUCCCUGUUUGUAUCAUAAUGAUUGAGAAUUUUUUGUGAAUUUCUUAAUCUUAGUUUCCAUUGUAGCCUGUCAGUAAAAUGAUUUUUUUUUAAUAUGAAGUUUUCCUUUUAUUAUACCCACAGAAGUUAGGCUUAAGAAAUUUUAUAUGAAUUUAAUUAAUAUUACUUUUAACUUGGUUUUUCAGUUAUAUUUAUUUUUUUUAUUUAAAUUAAAUAUUUUUCUUAAGUGCUUAAUAAAAAAAUCAAACAUUAUUUAUAAAAUUCUGUCAGAUGUGACAAAAUAUUUUUCUUGAAUUAAGAGUGAAAAAAAGAAGAAUUUCUUAUAGAAGCUCUAGUUUGGAAAAAUUCAUUUAAAAUGAAUGAAAAUUGGCUUGAUAUUAAGAAAAACCAUGUUGGUUAUGCAAUUUGCCAUAUAUGAAUUAUUUAAAUUCAUUAAAUAUCAAUACAAUAGUUGUUUUCAAAUUAAUUUUAAACAGCAGAAAUUUUUUUAUAUUUCUUUAAUUGCCUACAGUAAAUUCACUUUAUAUUUUUUAAGUUUUUAAUUAAAAUUAAUUUUGUGAGUGUGAUGUAAUUGUUAAAUGUGAUAAUAAUUUAUGCAUACUUGUUAAUGAGGUUAGUUAUUGUAUCAUUCAUAAAUGUACAUGGAGAUGUAAUAAACAGAAAUAAUAUUU